CACCGGCUCACCACGAUGCCGAUGGACACUCCACCGCGGCGCGCGGCGGCGCUGUCCGACGACGACCGCCUGCUGGUCGACCACUGCGCCGCGCUCUCCUUCCCCUCGGGCUCCCGCUCCCCGACCUCCGCCGCCGCCGCCGCCUCCUCCUUCCAAGUGCACCACGCGUCCCGCCCGUACCCCUGCGCGGCCUUCGUCUUCACGCCCACCUGGUCCGCCGCCGGCUGGAUGCCCGACGCCGGCGGCCGCGCGCCGUUCGGGGACGCGGAGGUCGACCCCGUGGUCUUCCCGUCGCUCCGCAGCGUCGGGAGCGGCGUCCCCGCGCGCGCCAGCGCCGCCUUCAUGGCCGCCUUCGCAGGCCUGCUCGACGGCUCGCCGCUCCAGUCCGAGGUAUCUAGAGCGGUGGCAGAGGAGAAACGUAUCGUAUUCACAGGCCAUUCAUCAGGGGGUUCAGUAGCCACCCUUGCUGCCAUAUGGUUUCUUGAGAACUGUACCAGACGGGGAAGUGUCAAUCAAGCACAACCGUUUUGUGUGACCUUUGGGGCACCUCUUGUUGGAGAUAAUAUUUUCAACCACGCUGUUAGAAGGGAGGGCUGGUCGCAGUGUAUCUUGCAUUUCAUCAUGCCACUAGACAUCAUCCCACGAAUACCACUGACCCCCCUUGCAUCCUCUAGAGAACAAAUUCAAUCUGUUCUCGAUUGGUUAUCUCCUCAUAGUCCAAACUUCUCACCUGCUGGGAAUUCGCUUGUCAUUCCUGAGUUUUAUGAAACCUUGUUGAGAAGCACGCUAUCUAUUGCCAGCUAUGAGGCCUGCUCUUUCAUGGGAUGCACUAGCUCAAUCCUAGGAACACUUACGUCCUUCAUUGAGCUCUCCCCUUACAGACCCUGUGGGACUUAUCUUUUCUUGACGAGUCCCGAACAACUGAUUGUUCUCACAAACUCGGAUGCUGUAUUGCAGUUGCUAUUUUACUUCCUUCAAUUGGAUCCCCAACAACAAUUGCUUGAUGCUGCUGCCAGAAGUUUAAGUGCUCACUGGCAAUAUGAAUCGAUUAAGCAAUGUGUGACACAAGAGAUAGCUUGUGUGGACUACCUAGGAGCAAUUUCAUCAUCCCUUCCUGGUAGGCCAAUGAAUGGAACAGCAAUUGGUGGACUUGAACUGAGUAAGGAAGCUAUGCUGAGCCUUGCUGCAGCUGGACAAUGGGAGAAGCAAAGAGAGAUAAACCAAGCAAAGAUAGACGCAAACUGCAGUAAAAUUCAGGAAGCCCUCAAGUCCCUGAACGAGUACAAGAGAACAUGCGAGCUCCAUGAAGUGAGUUACUACGAUUCCUUCAAGCUUCAGCGGGAAGUGCAUGACUUCAAUUCAAACGUACGUAGGUUGGAACUAGCCGGCCUUUGGGACGAGAUAAUUGAGAUGUUGCGAAGGCGUGAACUUCCGGAUGCGUUUGAAGGGCGAGAAGAGUGGGUGAAUCUGGGAACCUCAUACCGCCGGCUGGUCGAGCCCUUGGACAUUGCAAACUACUACAGGCAUUCCAAGAACGAGGACACCGGCUCCUACCUCUGCAAGGGGAGGCCAAGGCGUUACAAGUACACGCAGAAAUGGCGCGAGCAGUUACUGCGUAUCCCACUAGGUUCCAGCCUCGAGUCGUGCUUCUGGGCAAUGUCUGAGGAGCUCCAGGCCGAGAUGGUCAACGGCAAAUCGUUCCAGGAUCUCAAAGACAGGGUGGGUAAACUGGAGAGCGAUGCACUUGGAUGGUUCACCUCUGGAAGUCUUGGCAAAGAUGUGUUUCUGAGCAGCUCAUCCUUCGUGAUAUGGUGGAAGACGCUCCCAGAGCAGCACAGGUCUGCAUCCUGCAUCGCGAGACUUGUACCUCCGUAAGGUAAGAUCUCUUUAGAGCUAGCCGUUUCCGAUAUGCCAAGAGCUACUGUAUAUUGUGUUUCUGAACUCUUACGUGUAGUACUUUGUAUGUACGUAUUCUCGACGGUAAACAGACUAUUUAAAAAUGCUAAACAGUUGCCACAUAAAACUCA